AUGUUCAUUUCUAGUCGUACUGCCAUCCUCUUGGCCGUACUCGCUUCUAUAUUCUAUGUACUCGACGGCUACCUGCACACGCAGUACGUCUUUGACCCGAAAAAACUGCAAGAACUCUCUCGCAAAGCCAUUGCAAUGCAUGGCAACAAUACCGCACCGCUGCUCAAGCAACUCACGCGAGACUUGAAAGAAGAGUAUGGUGAUGCUAUCAGUGAAUGGAGUGAGAAGGAUUGGUUCUUCAAUAACGCCGGUGGUGCCAUGGGAAGCAUGGUCAUUCUGCAUGCCAGUAUCACAGAGUACCUCAUCUUCUUUGGCACUGCUUUGCAAACAGAAGGCCAUUCAGGCAUUCAUACGGCAGACGACUACUUUACUAUAUUGGUCGGUCAGCAACUUGCUGCGAAACCACAUGAUCUCGAAGCACAUGUGUAUAACCCGGGUGAUCAGAACUUCAUGCGUCGAGGAGAAGCAACGCAGUAUGCAAUGCCGACCAAGUGUUUCGCCCUGGAGCUAGCACAAGGUUGGAUUCCAGCCAUGCUCCCAUUCGGCUUUGCAGACACAUUUACCAGUACCCUGGACUUCCCGAACCUCUGGAAGACUUGCAAGUUGACGGCCCUGCACAUGGGUCGACAAGCAUUGCGCGGAAAGUUUUAG